UGACCAUAUUGUUGGCCUGCACAUCAACGAUGCGGAAUUUGCAGUUGACGACGUUACUCUGUUAUCACCGGAUAAUGUCACACUCCUUGAUUCCAGUGGUCUGAAACUUCUAAAAGGGCACCGUUAUGGUUUGGUCGGAAGAAAUGGGUGUGGAAAAAGUACUCUCUUGCGAGAACUCUCUGGCUAUGGGAUUGAAGGCUUUCCCAAGCAUGUCAAAGUCUUGCACGUAGAGCAAGAAGCGGCCGGGGAUACACGAACAGUUUUGCAAACGGUUAUGGAGGCGGAUCUGGAGCGCAACGUCUUAUUGAAACGUGUAGACGACAUUCAAUCAGGAGAAGGUGCACAGGACCCCCAACGAGAUGUUGGUAAUGAGUUAGAAGAGUACACGGCGAGAUUGAAAAUAAUUGAGUCCGACAGUGCGGAGGCACGGGCAGCAAGAAUUCUAGCGGGGCUUUUCUUUACUCCGGAGAUGCAGCAGGCUACUACGGAGUCGUUGAGCGGAGGUUGGCGUAUGCGCGUGGCACUAGCAGCUGCUCUAUUCUGCCACUCGGAUUUGCUUUUACUCGAUGAGCCUACGAAUCACUUGGAUUUCCCUACUGUUCAGUGGUUAGAGGAAUACUUAGAGUCAUAUUCGGGCAUACUGGUGGUCGUGUCGCACGACAGAGGCUUCUUGAAUAAUGUUGUUACCGACAUUGUGCAAAUGAAAGGGCGCAAACUGCAUUACUAUAAGGGUGAUUAUGAACAGUUUGUGGAAACGGAGCAUGAGAGAUACGUAUCUCAGAAGAAGGCAUACGAUGCACAACAAAUGCGCAUCAAGGAGAUGCAGGACUUUAUAGAUACCUUCUACAACGAGAAGAAGAGCUCCGCACAAGAUAAGAAAACGAAGUUGGUGGAAUCGCGGAAAAAAGCACUGGAAAAGAUGGAGAGAAUUGAGAACCCAGACACAUCGAACGAGUCGACCGUAGUCAUAAAACUGAACUUCCCGGAUCCUGGUGUGCUGAGGAAGAGCAACUUAUGCCAGACAGACAACAUGUCAUUCAAUUAUCCCAACGGCCCAUUUUUACUACGAGAGGUGACGGUGCAGGUGAACAUGGACUCGCGUAUAGCCGUCAUGGGGCUCAAUGGGCAUGGCAAAAGUACAUUGUUGAAGAUUCUAAUGGGCGACCUCCAACCGACAGGGGGAAAAGUCUGGACCAACCAGACAAUGAGUACCGCGUUGUUCACACAGCAUCACAUUGACACACUUGACCUUAAAUUGACUCCCAUCGAGUGUCUAAGAGAGUCUUUCCCAGAUAUGGAAGUAAGCGAGGUGCGGAAAUAUUUGGGACGAUUCGGUAUUACGUCAGAUAUGCAAAUGAUGCAGAUAGGUUACUUAUCAGGUGGUCAGAGGAGUCGCGUGGUAUUCAGUAUUCUUGUGAAGAAUAAUCCACACUUGCUGAUUUUGGAUGAGCCUACUAACAAUCUAGAUAUGGAGACCAGUGAGGCUCUUGUAGAUGCUCUAAAACGGUUCAAAGGUGCGGUACUGGUGGUUACGCACGACCAAUACUUUCUAGAACACGUCGCCACGGAGUUUUGGGCUGUCGGGGAUGGUAAGGUUAGAUCGUUCCAGAGCCUCGACAAAGCGAAAGCAUUUUCGUACAAAAGUGUAAAAAAAAUCAAUGUGAAGAAAUAAACAUUGACGCGGGCGUUGAACGAUCCAACUAACUGGCUCGAAUAAUGAUGUUG